AUGGCUUCAGGUCAACACCCAGCAAGCGUUCCGGACUGGAACAAUCUUGACAUCCUUCACAAGAAUACGCUACCUGCACGCGCUUACUUCCACAACUACAAGUCCGAGGCUGACGCACUUGGUUCCGAUGUGAACAAGUCUACGACACAUAGCCUCUCCGGCACGUGGAAGUUCCAGCAUUCAUUUUCACCCUUUGAAGCUCCAGAAGGCUUUGAGUCGACUUCGUUCGACACAUCGUCAUGGAGCGACAUUGCUGUGCCAGGCAUGUGGCAGUUGCAGGGAUUCGGCAAAGGCCCCCAGUAUACGAACGUCAUUUAUCACAUCCCAGCCGAUCCUCCAAACGUUCCUUUUACUGAGAACGAGACUGGAUCGUACGUACGUAAGUUUGAGGUUCCGAAACAACUUCAGGACGGUCAGCUUCGACUCCGGUUUGAGGGCGUUGAUGCUGCUUUCCAUGUAUGGGUGAACGGAAAGGAAGUCGGAUAUUCUCAGGGCAGCAGAAACCCAGAUGAGUUCGAUAUUACCUCGGUUGUCGAUCUUAAUGCCGAAAACACCCUGGCCGUCAGAGUGUAUCAACAUUGCGACGGAACUUAUAUUGAAGAUCAAGACCAGUGGUGGCUGAGUGGCAUAUUUCGUGACGUCUUCUUGGUGGGUUUCCCCAAGGCGUCGCGCAUCGAAAAUGUCUUUGCUCAGACGAUCUUGGAUUCAUCCUACACCGACGCGGAACUGAAGAUCAAGGUCAGCGCGACCGGAUCUGGCAAGCUCACAGUGAAACUCCUGGAUGAGAAGAAGCAAGAAAUUGCUUCGUCAGAUGCAGACAUCAAGAGUGAUGGCGUGACUGAACUCAGCGUCCAAGUAAAGGACCCUCUAAAGUGGACUGCUGAAUCGCCCAACCUGUACCACCUCGUGGUCUCUACCGGUGAUCAAGUUAUCGCCCAGCGUAUCGGCUUCAGACAAGUCGAGAUGAAAGACGGCUUAAUCAAAGUCAAUGGUAAGAGAGUCGUUUUCCGCGGGGUCAACCGUCACGAACACCACCCCACUUUUGGUCGUGCUGUGCCAUAUGAAUUCAUGAAAGAAGACCUUCUGAUCAUGAAGCGUCACAACAUCAACGCCAUCCGCACCUCCCAUCAACUCAACGAUCCACGACUAUACGAUCUUGCAGACGAGAUGGGCUUUUGGGUGAUUGACGAAGCUGAUUUAGAGUGCCACGGCUUUGAAAGUAUCGCCGAUGCUGCUUUGUCAAAAGAAGAGCGCAACCUUCCUUUCCGUGAGCGCCAGCUUCUGACUAGGUCAAAGGCCGCGGAAUGGACAACCGACAACCCAGCCUGGACGCAUGCGUACGUGGACCGUGCAGAAGCACUCAUCAAGAGAGAUCAGAUGCAUCCGUCUGUCAUCAUAUGGAGUCUCGGUAAUGAAGCUUUCAUGGGACGUAACUUCGUGGCCAUGUACGAGCACAUCAAAAAGUACGACGACAGCCGGCCUGUCCACUACGAAGCAGACAUCUACGCAGAUACUAUGGACAUGUACUCCAGGAUGUAUCCCCCAAUCGACGAGAUUAUCAAGUUCGGUGAAGACAAGAGCAAGAAGAAGCCACUGGUUCUUUGCGAAUAUAUCCACGCCAUGGGUAACGGUCCUGGUAAUAUCAAGGAAUACAUCGACGCUUUCUACAAAUACCCAAACCUUCAGGGAGGUUUCGCAUGGGAGUGGGCGAAUCACGGUCUUCUUACCAAGGACAAGCAAACUGGUGAGGAGUUCUAUGCCUAUGGCGGUGAUUUUGGUGAAGAAGUUCACGAUGCAACAUUUGUUAUGGACGGUCUUGUCAACUCCGACCAUUCUCCCAAUGCAGGCUUGAUCGAGUACAAAAAAGCUAUCGAACCUGUGCAGCUUGUGGAAUCGACCGAUUCGAAGGCUACAUUUAUCAACCGGUACGACUUCAUCACACUCAAUCACUUGAGCUGCCAGUACACAUCAACUUCCGCAUCUGGAAGUGGAAGUGUAUCAGGAAGCCUAGAGGUUCCUUUUGGUAUCUCGCCUGGUCAGACCUUUGAUGUACAGCUUCCAAAGAUUGAGGGUUCAGGAGAGGAGACCCUGCUCAACAUCUCGUUUCAGCUGAAGGAGGCUACACCAUAUCUCAAGGCAGGUUUCGAGAUCGCGACAGCACAGAUAUCCGUCACACCAGCAACGCCAUUGAAGCGACCUCAGGCAUCGGGCAAGCAGAUCACUGUUGAGAAACCAUCCAGGAACACCAUCAAGAUCAUGGCGGAUCAAGCCAUUUGGGAGUUCAACACUCUUCAUGGUAGCCUCACAUCCUGGAUACAAGGUUCUACCGAGCUUCUCUCCAAGGCACCAGAAAUUGACAUCUUCCGCGCACCUACCGACAAUGAUAUCCCACAAGACGGCUGGGAUUGGAAAGACAAGCAACUGCAUCACGCAAAACCAUUGACUCGCAAGGUCGAAUGGUCACAGUCUGGCUCAGAGACCCUCAAGGUUACCGUGCAUCAACGUGUCGCACCUCCAGUUCUCUCUUGGUCUGUCGACUGCGUUCUUACGUACACCUUCAGCGCCAACAGUACUCUGUCUGUGCAUGUUAUCGGUACACCAAAGGGUGAGAACCUACCUCGUACCCUUCCACGCAUCGGUCUCGUUAUGGAGCUUCCUAAGCAAUUCCAACGAGUCGAAUGGUUUGGCCGCGGCUUCGGCGAGACUUACCGCGAUAGCAAGCUUUCCCAAUCCGUGGGCAAGUACACAGCAUCCAGCGUCGACGAACUCUGGGUUGAUUACGAGGUGCCUCAAGAAUCAUCAAACCAUACAGACACCCGUUAUCUUAGUCUCACAAACGGUAGCGGCGCAGGACUGCUCGCUCAGUUUGCGGACCAGAAGAGUGAACAAAGGAAGCUGUUUGACUUUCAAGUCAGUCAUUACAGGAUGAAGGAUGUUGCGGCCGCGGAUCAUCCGCAUGAACUGAGGAAGAAGAAGAGGGAGGAGGUUGUGCUUAGGUUAGACGCGGAACAUCAUGGACUGGGCAGCGGAAGCUGUGGACCGAGGACACUGGACGAGUACAGUCUACUGUGCCAACCUUUUGAAUUCGAGGUCGUGUUGCAGGCUCCAUAG